GCAAGAUGCCUGAAGUGAAGCAUUAUUGUCAUGCUUGACGCAAAAAGCUGACUUUCCACCCAAUAUAUUAACUCGGUUGUGUUUGUUGAAUUUUUAAUCACAAACCGUAACAGGAAAGAGACAAUGGAGAAUGUAUGCUUCUUGGUGUUGUUCCUUUCUGCUGUUCUGUGGACUCAGUGUACACCGGCGAGGAUCAGCGACGACGACCUACGUCUUGCCUUGAACUUGGCACGAGAGCUGGAGACACUGCAGAAGAGACAAGACAUUCCAGUUGAUAUUGGAAAUCAUGGCACGAAUACACAAGGUGACACGUCGGCAACAGAGACGUCUGGGACAGGAACGUCAGAUACAGGGACAUCUGGGACAGGGACGUCAGACACAGGGACGCUAGGAACAGGAGCGUCAGACAAAGUGACGUCUGAGACAGGGACGUCAGACACAGGGACGUCAGGGAAAGGAACGUCAGAUACAGGAACGUCAGACACAGGGACGCCAGGGACAGGGACAUCUGGGACAGGAACAUCUAAGACAGGUACAUCAAACACAGGGACGUCAGAUACAGGAACGUCAGACACAGGGACGCCAGGGACAGGGACAUCUGGGACAGGAACAUCUAAGACAGGUACAUCAGACACAGGGAUGUCAGAGACAGGAACGUCAGAGACAGGGGCAUCUGGGACAGGAACGUCAGAGACAGGGGCAUCUGGGACAGGAACGUCAGAAACAGGAACUUCUAUGGCAGACAGCGGCACACAAACAACUGCUGUAGACUCGGAUGCUAAGGCUCUGGAAGCUCUGAAGCAGAAGGCGCGCGAUGGACGGGAAGAGAUGACAACUCUACUCACCAACCUCAGAGGAGACAUCGAAGACAUCCAGCAGAAGGUGGAGAAGGCGCUGGACAAAAUCGAGGACACGAUCAGAGCGUUGCUAGAUGAAGCUGCGGAGGCGAGAUCUCAGAGCGUGGCGGAGCGGAAGGAGAUGGCAAAGAAGAUAGCUGCCAUGAGGGCCGCUGCCAGAGCUGCAGAAAGGAAAAAAGCCUCUGAAAAGGAUUCUGACAAGGAUGACAAAAAGCAGGAAAAAAAGAAACACAAGGACUGGGGACACGGGAAAGGACAUGGAUACAGACUCGGGUUUUUGAAGAACGGCAACAUGAGAAAAACAGCUGAUAAUUUUUUGAAGAUAUUUGCCAAUUUCGUAAAAUCCAGACAAGAUUAAUGGUUCUGUUCUGGUUUUAUAUUUCUAGACUACAUUAAAAGUUAUGUUUUCAGUUUUAUUUGAAACAUACCUAAAUGCACUUCACUUCGUUUAUAGCAGCUGUAUUGAAUACAAAAUUGUACUAUAAACACUUACAACUAAUAAAGCAGAUGUUAUCUACCAGUCAUUA